GGGAUAUAAUGUUUGGUACAUUCGUAUAUUAGAGCAUAAGCAGAGAAACUAACAGUCGCCGAUAUGCUUGGGAAGAGUCACUUCUUUUAUUUGAUAAGAAAAAUCGAGUUCUAAAAAAAAUUUGCCAGAACUCUAGCUACAUGAACCACUUAUAAAUUCGAGUAAGUAACUUGUUAGGAACAAUAUUUAGAAGUUACAAUUGAUUGCUGGCAAUAUAGUCCAAUUAGAAAUUCUAUCAAGAAGUUAAGAAGAGGAUUAAUAAAAAUUCAGUAGUGGUAAGAAUUAUGCUUUUUAUAAUGAUCAGGAAUCAAAUACAAGAGAAAUUAUGGUCAAAGGAUAAUCUUCACCAUUGCCAUAUAUGAAUAUGCUGGCAAAACUUAAAGAUAACUAAAAGAAUUUUGGCUAAGAAUAAAAAAGAGUGAAAGCUAAUAAGUUAUAUGUGAAGUUCUUAUCCAAAACUGUUGCUAAAUAAUUGUUACAAAUUUUACUCAAGCAAUGUUUUACAGGUCAGAAGAUAUCAGGCGAUUAUAGUUGAAC